GUUCCGGCCAACAUUGGGCAACAUAUCAAAUUUCAGUUAAAACUGUGGGAAGUAAUUCCUCUGAUCAAACCCAGUCAUGCCCAGGAGAGACUGAAAAAGCCAUGGGCAAGGCUUGUCGCAGGGCCGAACGGAGAAUCCUCCGCCUCCUCCACGGCCACAAAACCCGGAAACAGCUCCCGGAAAUUCACGCCCACUUCCUCCGCCACCGUCUCGACCAGUCCAACCAAGUCCUCGCCCACUUCGUCUCUGUUUGCGGGUCUGUGAACAAAAUGCGGUACGCGAACAGCGUCUUCAGCCGCUCCGAAAACCCUAAUAUGUUGCUUUUCAACUCCAUGAUCAAGGGCUACUCCGUGUGCGGCCCCUUUGAGCAGUCUCUGCGAUUAUUUUCGGUCAUGAAAAGCCGUGGCGUUUGGCCCGACGAGUACACUUUUGUGCCGUUGCUCAAGGCUUGUUCGAGUCUGCGCGAGUACCGGACAGGUCAGUGCGUUCGUUCCCAAGUUUUUCGAGGUGGGUUCGAGUGUUUCGGGUCAAUACAGAUUGGGAUUGUUGAGUUGUGCGUGAGUUGUUUGAGGAUGGAUGAUGCAAAGAAGAUGUUUGAUGAAAUGCCUCGCAGAGAUGUGAUUGUUUGGAAUUUGAUGGUUCGCGGAUUUUGCAAGGCUGGUAAUGUUUAUGUGGGUUUGGAUCUUUUCAGGCAAAUGAGCCACAGGAGUGUCGUUUCUUGGAACUCGAUGAUUUCUUGCUUGGCGCAGAGUGGGCGGGAUGGUGAAGCUGUAGUACUUUUUGGUCAAAUGCGAGAUCAGGGGUUUGAACCGGAUGAGGCGACUGUGGUGGCGGUGUUGCCUGUUUGUGCUCGUUUAGGCUCUGUUGGUGUUGGGCAAUGGAUACAUUCUUAUGCAGAUUCUAGAGGACUUUUGCGAGAAGUUAUUUCUGUGGGGAAUUCACUCGUAGAUUUCUACUGCAAAUGUGGGGAUUUAGGAUCUGCUUCUAGUAUUUUUAACCGAAUGCAUCGCAAAGAUGUUGUUUCCUGGAACGUGAUGAUUUCAGGUUUGGCUUUUAACGGGGAGGGUCAACGUGGGGUCGAGUUGUUUGAGGAGAUGGUGGAGAAAGCGAUGAACCCCAAUGAGGCGAUUUUCGUUGCGGUUUUAGCAUGUUGUGCGCAUGCAGGUUUGGUAGAAAAAGGACGGCAUGUGUUUGCUUUGAUGAAUCGACGUCAUAAAAUUAGGCCUAAACUUGAGCAUUAUGGAUGUAUGGUUGAUAUUCUUGGCCGAGGUGGAUGUGUGAAGGAGGCUCAUGACCUGAUCAGAAGCAUGCCCAUUAAGCCAAAUGCCGCUUUAUGGGGAUCAUUACUCAGUUCUUGCCGUACCUAUGGAGAUUUGGAACUUGCAGAGAUUGCACUUAACGAGCUUAUUAAUCUUGAACCAUGUAAUUCUGGUAAUUACAUUUUGUUGUCAAAUAUGUAUGCAGAGGAAGGAAGAUGGAAUAAAGUUGAAAAGGUCAGAGAUUUGAUGAAGGAAAAAUGUGUCAAGAAAGCGUCUGGACAAAGUUCUGUUGGGUUCGGAUGAUUAAAACAUGCUUGUGUGACAUGAAAGUCUCUUGUUUUUGGCUGGAAUUCAAUGUUCAUGUAGUCGAUAUUUGUUUCAUUACUUUCUGGUGA